AUGACGACCGGAAUCAGCGAUCUCAUGAUCAAUUCCGGCUUGAACGUACCGAUACCUGAAAUACCAAUUCCUGACUUUGCGGUUCCUAUAGCUGCUCCCGCACAGCUCAACACCAUGGCUGCACAGCAGCCUGCGAACCCGAAAAAUGGCGCAAAGGCCGGCGAGUACUCGGACUCGGCUUGUGUCGACCUGGCGUUAGUAUCCAACAGUGGUUUUACUUACAUCUUGAUGCUUUGGUUUUAA